AUGUAUCAGAUAUACGAAGUGCUAAUGAAAGCCGACACGAAUGUUGGUGUCUAUGAAAUAAUUUUUAUUGUUACAAUAUCCAGCCACACACAACUGGGCCCAUUUUUUGUCGGUCUUGAAACAGUUCUUUGCAUGAACCCGGAUUCUACUAACAAUUGGAGAUUGAUGGCAGCUCUUUUCAGUAUCCCCUCGAUAUUAUUCGUGCUAUGCAAUAUCUUUUUCAUUUGCGAGAGUCCUGAGUGGUUACUUUUAAAAGGCCGAAAGGAGGAAGCUAAGAUCGCUUUACUUCGUAUUCGCGGUUUGCAUCAGGAAACGAUUGAAUUCCAAGAAGAGUUAUCCAAAAUGAUAAACUAUAUCGAGCUGUCAAUAUCUCGAAAUUGUCAAAUAGAUUCUUUGUCGAUUAAAGAAACCGGAUGGAGAUCGUUUCUUAAUCGCAAUGCGUGGGGCAUUCUGACGAAAAUACAGAAAACGAUCGUUUUACCAGAAGUGUGGAAACCUUUUGUGAUACUAAAUUUUUAUUUACUUUUUCAAAAGAUUUGUGGGCUGUACGUGAUUUUAGUUUAUACUGUCGAUAUUAUUAUCAGAAUCAGAAUCACAGUAGAUCCCUUUUUCGUCACCGUCAUAGUAGGGAUAGUCCUGGUGAUAAGCAACAUAAUUGCAGCAUGCUUCAGCAAGAGAAUUGGUCGUCGAAUCAUUUCUAUUGUGUCCGGUACUGGUAUGUCAAUCUCUUUGGGCGCAUUAGCAAUCUACCUGCAAUUUUUUGAGGCUGCUGGCAUUACGGUUGUUCCUCUCGUUUGCUUCCUCCUCUACGUGGGUUUUGGUGCAUUCGGAUUUAUUUCGAUUCCUCUGGCAAUGAUCCCGGAACUGUAUCCUAGCAAAUAUGUGAACGUUCUGGGACAAAUUACCAAUGCUAUCUCUCUUUUGGGCGGUUAUGUCGUCUUACAGUUAUAUUCAAUGAUGAUAACGCAUAAUAGAAAUGCUACUAUUUAUUUUUACUGCGUAAUGGCUAUCAUAGCUACUGUUUUUCUAACG